AUGUUCUCCCCAGACAUGCUCAAGGCAGCGCAAGGCAUGAUGGCGAACAUGUCGCCAGAGGACAUGCAAAGAAUGACCCAGAUGGCAGCAAACAUGGACCCCUCUGUCAUGGAGAACAUGAUGAAGAAUAUGGGCGGCGCCGCCCCUGGUAUGACUGGUAUGGACUCGGGACAGAUGAAGGAGCAAAUGAAAAGAAUAGGGCAGAUGAGCCCUGAUGAGAUCAAGUCGAGCAUGAGCCAAGCGCAGCAGCAGAUGGGUGGGCAGAAGCAGUACAUGUACAACGCCUCCAUGCAGCUGAAGAAUGAGGGUAACGACCACAUCAAGGCUCAGAAAUACUCCGAUGCUUUGAGAGCGUACAGCAAAGCUCUGGAGAAUCUGAAGCCUUUUGCUGGAGAUGACAUUUCUCAGCUGCGCCUCUCCUUGUUGCUGAACUCAGCCAUGUGCCAUUUGAAAGAAAACGAUCCAGCAAGGACGGUCGAGGUCUGUGAGGAAGCGCUCCAGAUCAACAGCCACAGCGUCAAGGCACUGUUCCGACGUGGGCUGGCCCGCGUGGACCUUGGCCAGCUGGCCGAGGGUGUGGCCGACAUGAAGUUUGCGGCGAAGCUGUCGCCGGACGACAAGACCAUCGCCUCGGAGUUGCAGCGCGUAGAGAAGGACUGCCUGGGCAAAGGUGUGUCUUCAGAUGCCAUUGAUGCGGCCCAGCAGAAGGCUGAAGAAGCGGCUAGCAAAAGCAGCAGCUCUUCACCUUCGCCCAGUUGGCCAUCUGCACCUGGUGGUCAGAAUGUGGAGCAGGCCAUGGAACAGAUCUCGAAAAACCCCGAGAUGGUCAACCAGGCUACAGAGAUGAUGAAGAACAUGUCACCUGAGGACAUUGAGCGCAUGAUGUCCUCCGCGCCUCUUCCGCCGGGGGUCGACAAGGAGACCGCGCGAAAGAGAAUGGAGGCUGUCUCAAAAAAUCCAGAGAUGCUGAAGACGGCGAUGGACGCGCUGUCGUCCAUGCCAGAAGAGGAGCGGAAACGCAUGCUCUCUGCAGCUUCCGGCUCUGGAGCGGCUCCCGACUUCAGCAAGAUGGGCGACAUGAUGAAGGACCCAGCAGCCAUGAAGUCUGCCAUGGCCGCUGCCAGUGCCAUGGGCCAUGGCUCGGGGCCUGAGGCAGAUCUCAUGAAGAAGAUGACGGAGAAUCCAGAGAUGAUGGACGCCAUGACGAACAUGAUGAAAAACAUUCCUCCAGAGCAGAUGCAAAAGAUGAUGGACAUGAGCAUGAAGAUGAAGUCUGGAGGGGCCGACGGCGCGGAUCCAUCACAGAUGCUGAAUGAUCCGGACAUGAUGAAGGCUGCUGAGGAGAUGAUGAAGAACAUGUCGCCGGAAGCGCUCCAGAGCAUGGCCAAGUCGGCUGGCAUGGAGGUCAGUGAGUCUCAGGCCAAAAUGAUCUCGAGGGUAAUGCCCUUCAUGAUGAAAGGCCUCAAACUGUGGGGCUAUGUCAAGAAGAUGUUUUCAGCAAUGUUCAGCCCACGGGGCCGAAUCAUCCUUGCUGUCGUGAUUGUGCUGGUUGCUGUCGGCCAGCACUACUACUUUUCCGAGAAGUAA